ACGAAGGAAAUUUCUGUGAUAAAAAUAUGAAAGAUCUAUUUUCGAGGAAAGUCAUCCCAAUAAUGAAAAUGAGUUAAAUUGUUAUUAAGAUUCCAGUCUUAGUCGUCGCGGUCGUAGUCAGUAGCGACUAGCGGGAGAGCUAUCAUUUUGAUUUGGGUAUUUAUUUGGCGCAUCGGCCAAACUUUAUGAUCGCUACCUAACACCAUCUCACCUGUGUGAUCGAUUCAACGCUCCCACUUUCGACAGUCUCGCCCAAUUCAAAUCUCUCCAGAGAAAACCCAUUUCCGGCAAUCAAUUUUUCUCGGCGACGGUGAGAGAAGAAGGCAGUCUGUCAAAGAAUGUCGGAAGUUGGCAAAGAGGCAUGGCGGAAGUAUCUGAUUCAGCUCCAAGCCCAUCCUCUCCGAACCAAGGCAAUAACUUCCGGGGUCUUGGCUGGAACCAGUAGUUUGGUCGCUCAGAAAAUUUCUGGAUCCAAGAUUCAACUCCGGAAAUUGGUUCUAUUCAUGCUUUAUGGGUUUGGUUAUGCAGGGCCGUUGGCACACUUUUUGCACAAGUUAUUGGAUACUCUUUUCAGGGGGAAGAAGGAUAACAAAACCGUAGCCAAGAAGGUGCUCCUUGAACAAUUGAUUGUUUCUCCAUGGAACAACAUGGUUUUUAUGCUGUACUAUGGCUUGGUAAUGGAAGGACAACCAUGGCGUUCAGUGAAGGGUAAAGUCCGGAAGGAUUUACCUUCUGUUCAGUUUGCUGCCUGGAAGUUCUGGCCUAUAGUUAGUUGGGUGAAUCAUCAGUAUAUCCCAUUGCAGUUCCGGGUUGUGUAUGGUAGCUUCAUGGGUGCGCUCUGGGCAAUCUUUCUAAAUCUGAAGGCAAGAUCAGCAACAACUCUUAAGCAGGCAUAGAUGUGCGGUGAGGCAGCACCUAUUAUCUACUUUAACUUUAUGCAUCUGAGCAGUUCUACCUUCAUGUAUUCAACGGAGAAGGAUACAUUAGUUACUCUAUGAUCUGGGUUGUCGUGGUAAAAGCUCCGAAUCAAACUUUGCUCUGUGUACUCAGAGCCACCACGUUUGUGCAUUAGUUUGAUUUUUCUUAUUUUUGUGCUAGAUGAAUGUAGUAGGGAGAAGCUUAUGGUAGGUUUGAUGCACCAUUGAUAGUAAUGUUAGAUGCUUAAUGCUUAUCAGGGAUGCAGUGGAUUUAAAUCAAUAAUACGAAUCUUGUUUUGCAAGAGGGAUUCGUAGGGUUUAAGAACA